AUGGAUAAUUUCUGGGAUUUAGGGCUUAGCUUCACCUUUCUACUCUGGACGUUCACUAUCUGGACUGUGGUGGUCUGCACGGCUGGUGAAGAUUGGCCUCAGGUGAUCGGGGCGUCUCAGCCAAUCGUGGCCUCUCUGGGUGAUGAUGUCAUGCUGCCGUGUCACGUGGAGCCUCAGCUCGACGUGGAGGAGCUGACGGUGGAGUGGUGGAGGCCGGACGUUCCACCGGACCCUGAAGAUCCACAGAGCAACCAGCGGUAUGUCCACCGUUACCAUGACAAACACCACGAAGAGGACAUGAAGAAGCCGGCGUACGCUGGGAGGACGGAGAUGUUCACAGACGGCCUGAAACACGGAAACAUCUCGCUAAAGAUCAGCAACGUGGAGCUCUCUGACCAAGGGAGAUACAGAUGCCAAGUCCUACAGUUGGGGAGGGCUUCAGUUAUUAAAGUUAUUGUUGAACCACGUUCUGGUAAAACCUGGACGACCGAAACGCCGCUGCAUCCUAAAGAUCCAAACGAUGAGACCCAUAAAGGUAAAGGUGUGGAGACUUUAUCAAAACCUGUAAAUGAGACUGAGAAAUAUGGUGAACCUGUCACCAACCGGGACGAAGAAAAGCGUCCGGAGGAAGAUGAGCUGACCACGGCCAUGAUUGCUGCUGCUGAGGAUGCUUAA